AUGUACCUGUUUGUGGGUCCCGCUCGAGUUCGGGUUCUUGUGGUGCCAUGUAACCGGUGCUCAUCUACCCAGUACCUGCGAUAUAUCUCAGAAAUCCGUUCUGGGCCGUCGGAAGUACGUCUUUUGGAUGUUUCUGUCGAGUCCCAAUUGCAUCAUCAUAAUCCAAAACUGUACCCACAGGGUCGAAUUCUCUAUAAUUUUGUCACUAGUGACGAUAAUAAGGAGUCCAUAUUUUUACAUGACUUCGAACCAUGGCGAAAAACCUUCAUAGUGGUGGCAGUGGGUCCGUAUAGUGACACACCUUCGGUGUCGAUUGACCAAUUGAAAACCAGCUUUCCAAGUGCCAUAGUUCACAAUAUCAUCCACUUUGACACUCCACCCGACGAUUUCAAGCGCUUGUGUCCCCCCAGUGACCACUCGCAGCGCUCAACAUUCUAUUAUUCCGGCUCACUCACAGCAUUGGAGACCAUCUUGUGUCUGAUUCUGGCUAAUUUUCUUGCUGCUUUGGACAGUUACACCGAUUCGUUCCUGAACAUCACGUUGCGGUCUCCUGUGUCGAUUUCCGACUCCAAUACUAUCGCACGAACCAUCACAAGUGCUCAGAAGCGUCUUAGUUCCGGUUCUUUCAAGGUCAGUUUCAACCCUUCUCAUGGAUCUGGGCAAAGUUCUCCAUCUACAGAAUCCAAAACACGCCAUUUGGGCCGCCAACAGAAGGUUCUCGGAAGCUUUGCAUUGCUAGCGGGUAAUUACGCUGCUGCUUCUUCCCACUUUGUCGAAGCUAUCACCAACCUAAGAAAAGUUGACGACAACUUGUGGCUCGGAAAUGCUCUUGAAGGCUUGGCUGUUUCUACAGUCCUCCUCCACUACGUGGGAAUGCCCGCCUCGCUCAACCCCACCGUGCUUCCUACACUUCAGCUUUCAAAGUCCAAACUCUCAUCCGACAUGUCGCUGUCAGCACCACCUAGACCGUCAUCAGAAUCAUCACUCGGGUCUAAAUCACUUCGAAAUUCACUUCCGGCAACUCUGUCGCCUCGUAACUCCAGUACCAAUUACCGUGGCACAUAUGACUUGGCUUCUACGCCGCCCGCAGAAGUGAUCAAAUUAUUAGCAUUCCGUGCAAUUCAUUACUACAGUAACACCCUCAAUGAUUUGGAAGACACGGUGCCAGAUAUGGUGUACAUUGAUUCUUUAAUACGGACGAUUAAGUUCGCCAUUUGCAUAUAUUUGGGAGGAGGAGAAUUGAGCCUAAAUGUCCUUGACGCAGUUGUUCGCAACACCAAACUUGAUAAUAAUCUCCAAGGCUCUGCUGUCAUGAAAACUGAAAUCUUGAAAGAAAUGGAUAAAGUUUUCAACCUCCAACUUGUCGAUAUGAGCGUUUACCAACAGUGUAAACUAUACUCGUGUCUUGCUACUAUGUAUGGAGAUUUGGGGCUCCAUCGCAAGCGUGCUUUUAUUUUAAGAACUUUCUUAGUGGGACUUUUGCCCAGUCUAGCUUCCAAUAAAGAAGGAAAGAUGGCUCCAGCUGAGUAUUCGAGUCUUCGAGAAGUGUUUGAAUUGUUGUUCCAGGCAUAUGGGGUAGACGCAGAAACCGAAAGCUCAGCCACUGCUGCUUCAAACGUAGCGACACAUUGGGCCACAAUAAAGCUUCUGCUUUUAAAGCUAGCAAUUCUGAUUGGAUCUGCCAACCACGAUGAUCAAUUUGUGGUUCAUAUAUGCACUUUGUUACUCACAAGAUUUGCUCAUUGCUUGAGCUCUCAUGACCAGCAAAAAACCAAAGAACGAAUCAACUCUGUCAUUCAAGAAUACACUCACAAUAAUAGUGGCCAUCUGCCAUUGAGUGUCCCUUAUUGGGACCCAUACCUCGUACGACGAGUAAAAUUGGUAACAAGCAAGAAACGUGAGGAACUAAUUCCGUUCAGUGAGAUUCUGGAACAGAGUGGAAGUCUGAAUCUUGUGGGCAAAAACAAUGCACAGUCGGAUGGGUUAAUUUUCAACCCAUAUCGACGCAAUUCAACUGUUAUUCUGAAAGACAAGUUAGUGGUGAAGGACGAUUUAUUUCAAUUGAAAAUUACAUUGCAAAACCCUUUUGGCUUUGAGUUGGAUAUUCAUGAUAUUGAAAUUGUCACAGAUCUGAAAUCCACGGUUCAAACGCUUUUUAGUUUGACGAAACCAGUAACUAAUCUGAAUUUUUCCACUUGGUCAAGUGGAUUAAGAAAAAUGGGACCAGCUUCCAAUUCUAUGCCGUCGCUAAACCAGCGACCACAGAGACCACAACCAGGUAAGCGGAACCCAAGUGGGUUUACAAGACUGGCAGUGAAUGUUCCAAGGUACGACGACCUAACUAUAGCCCCCUUCACCAUCCAAUCAUUUUUAGUGACAUUCAAACCCGAGACAAUAGGUAUAACGGAAAUCAAAGGGUUCAAUAUUGUGGUUGCAAAUUGCAACAAGCAAACUUUUUUGAUAGUCGACGAGGAGAAAUUCGACCACUGCAUCAAGCUCAAAGACAACCAGCAAAUAAUGAAUACUUCAUCUGUGAUACAAAACUUAGAACUGUGUUCUAUUGGUGAUCGAGCUUCGACAAAGUCGCUCAUUUUGAAUGUUAUUCCACCACAACCCAUGCUAACGCUCUCUGAGUCGCUGAUAGUAAAUGGAAUGCUAAUGCUAUUGGAAGGUGAAAAAUACCACUUUACAGCUACAUUGACGAAUGAAUCUGAACAUGCCAUCAACUACCUAUCAUUUGCAUUUUGGGACUCCACUGUCGACACCAUCAAUAGGCAACUUUCGAAUGCUGGUCGUAGUGGUCUUUCGCCCAAUGAUAUUUAUAACUUGGAAUGGUCUUUAAUCCAUGACAAGCCAUUCCGGAUCCAGAACAAAGAGGCAUUUUCUGGAAAGAUAAUUGAACCGCACUCCAAGCUCAAAAUUGAUUUCGAGGUUAAUGGAAAACGAGGAAUGCGUGAGCUGAAAGUCAUGCUUGACUAUGCGAAUAAAGGACACGAUCGUUCUCGCUCGUUUGUUAAGCUGAUAAGCAUCCCUAUUCAGUUCACAGUACUUCCUUCUCUCGAAUUAGUCAACUUUGAUGUUGUCACAUUGAACUCGACGUCAUUGCUUGACUUUCACCUACGGAACCUCCCUGAAGAAGGAGGCAGCAAUGCGCUAAAGGCAACGGUUGACUUUUUGACUUUUGCGAGGAAAACUGGCGAUAUAGCCGACUUUUGUCUUCUCGCACUCGAUCUAAGAAACUCGUGGAAAGAAAUCAUUUCUUUCAAAGUCGACGGAAAUCUGCCCAAGCUUGAGCUCCAAGGUUUUAUUGAUCCUGGAAAAACUGUAAGAGUGUUUGUUCCGUUCAGACGUUUGUCGUGGAAAGAUAAUGAUCUUCAUAAGCCAAUUCCCUCGCUACGCAACAAGCAAUUCGUGAAGAAUAAAAACUAUACGGAAAAAGAAGAGGAAACUCACAAAGAGCUUUUCUGGUUGAAGGAAUCCCUUUUGGAGAAUGUGAAAGGCUCAUGGCAUACUGGACUGGGCCACCAUGAAGCUCAAAGUCGUACUGGUAAUUUUGGCUUACGAGCAGUGAGACUCGAACCGCGUAUGGCAUCUAUUCUUUUACACGAUCGAGUACAGCUUCAGCAUGAAAUUCUCGCUAGUGAUAACUGUCCAUUAGAGAGAACCGGUCCACAAUUCUCCCUCAAAACUGAUGAGUUUUACACCAUACGAACCACAAUCACUAAUUACCUUGAUCGAACUAUUUACGGCACUGUUCGAAACCUUCCUUAUUCUCUCAGUUCCACCUCGGCAAAGAUUGGUGGUACAGUGGGCUCGCUGGUCAAGUCUGUUGCAGCUAGCGACAAAAAGAUACUUGUCAAUGGCGUACUUCAGAACCAUAUUGGACAUCCUGGUGUCGCAGCCCAUCUGUCACAUCGAAUUUCAACUACGUUUGUGGUAUUGGAAAAGGGAGAAUACGAGUGGGGUGCUAUACUCGAUAUAUUUGACGGGGAAAACGUCAUUGGUAGAGAUCCACUAUUGUUGCAAGUUGCAUGA